AUGGAUACUGAAGCAAACGGAAACCUCGAGAAGUGGCCUCAGGUGACUCGGGAGAGCAUCGUGAAGCUCAAACAAUGGCUCGCUACGCAGCCUCAUCUACCGCAAGUUCAAGAACACGACAUUGCCCUGUUUUUGCAUGCGAACUAUGGUGAUCUGGAAGCGACCCAGCGCACGAUUGAAAACUACUACACGCACCGCUCAAGCAAUCGAGAGUGUUUCGCCGGCCGAGAUAUUUUCAACGAAGCACUGCAGACGGCGCUUAGUAUCAUGAUGAUCACGAUGUUGCCUGGCGAAACAAAGGAAGGUUACAAAAUGAUUUACACAAGACUGUUAACGUCAGACACCACUCACUUCAACCAUCCACAAAUAUUGAAACUGAUUACCAUGUGCCUGGAUCUGUGGGUGAGAUUAGAGGGUAACGCAAACGGACACAUCAUGCUGAUGGACAUGCAAGGGAUGCACCUCAGUCAUAUGACGAAGUUGAAUAUGGGGGCAGCAAAGAAACACAUGUUCUACGUGCAGGAAGCUCUCCCAAUACGGCUAAAGCAGAUACACUUCAUCAAUGUGGUGCCGUUUAUGAAUCAGUUAAUGUUUCUCACAAAACCGUUUAUGCGCAAAGAUGUACAGGAGAUGAUAAAUAUGCAUGUCAAUCUAGACACCCUGCAUCAAGCCGUUCCCGUCGAAAGUUUGCCCAACGAAUAUGGUGGAAAUGGUGGUUCCUUCGACGAGCUUGAGAAAUCCUUCAAAGACAAAUUAUAUGCUCAUAACGACUGGUUUCGCACUAUGGAGACCCAUGACUUGGUGGACGAAACGAAACGCCAAUCUAAACCUAAACGAUAUUUAUUUGGUCUGUUUUGA